UAUUUUACCCAGAGGUGCUUUGCGGCGGCGGCGAGGAGGGAUCGAAAAUGGCGGUGGCUGUGAGGACUUUACAGGAUCAGCUCGAAAAGGCGAAAGAGAGCUUGAAAAAUGUGGAUGAAAACAUUAGAAAGCUGACGGGGAGGGACCCCAACGAGCUCAGACCUGGCCAGGCACGACGGCUACCCAUUCCAGGACCUGGGGGAGGCAGGGGACGAGGAAUUAAUGCAUUGAGGCGUGGCUUUUCAGACCCCACUGGAGGACCCCCUACGAAACAGAGGGACAUCGAAGGGGCUUUGCUGAGGUUGGCUGGUGACCAGAGAGCGCGAGAUGUGCGCCAUGACAGUGACGCAGACGACGACGAUGACGAGCAGAAGCCAACACUACAGUCCUCUGUUGUCGCCACCACAAAAGAGCGGACACGCCGAGACCUCAUUCAGGAUCAGACCAUGGAUGAGAAGGGGAAGCAGAGAAAUCGGCGUAUGUUUGGUCUGUUGAUGGGAACACUUCAGAAAUUCAAGCAAGAGUCCACAGUGGCCACAGAGCGGGAGAAGAAGCGCUUGGAGAUAGAGAAGAAGCUGGAGGUGCAGGCCGAACAAGAGCGGAAGAAGGCGGAGAGCGAGAGGCGGGAGCUCUUUGAAGAUAGACGUACCAAGCAGUCGGAGCUCAGGCUCUUGGAGCACAAAGUGGAGCUGGCCCAGCUGCAAGAGGAAUGGAAUGAGCACAAUGUUAAAAUCGUAAAGUACAUCCGUACGAAAACGAAGCCAGCGAUCUUUUACAUUCCCGGUAAGAUGUGCCCAGCCACCACUAAGCUCUUGGAGGAGUCGCAGAAGAAAAUGAAUGCCAUAUUCAAGGAGCGCCAAGAGGAGUUUGCAGAGCAUUUGAAUAAGAUGGCGGUAAGACCCCGGCGACAGGCUAUGAGGGAGAAGGAGCAAGCAGAGGCCAGGAAUGAGGGUCAGCAGCAGCAGAAGAAGGAGGAGGAGGGUAAGCCUGUAAGGGCGGAGGAAGAGGAGGAGGUGGAUGAGGAAGAGGAGGAAGCAGAGAUGGAGGUGGAAGCGCCUCACCAGGGGGCGGCAGAUGCAAAGGAGACCGAGGGAGAGGUGGGUCACAUUCAUGGUGAGGGCCAAGCACAGCAAGCAGAGGCUAAGGGGAAUGAGGAGGAAGAGGAGGAGGAGGAGGAAGAAGAGAUGGAGGAGGAAGAUGCUAUGGGUGCAGAGGAGGUCAGGGAGGCAGAGGAGCAGGUACAAGGUACCGCAGACUCUGUAGAGGUGGACAGGGGUCAGCCAGGGGAUGGGCAGGCAGAGGUGGAGCAAAGCUUGAAGGUGGUGAGCCCAGAGCAGGUGGAGAUGGAAGUGGGUGAUGAGGUUGGGAAGGUAGGAAGCAUGGAGCAUCAGGAAGAAAGCCAGGAGAAUGGCCUGGAGGCCCCUCCUGCUGAAAAUCCACAGGCCCCAGAGACGAUGGAGCCAGAGCAGCCUGAGGUUCUGCUGGAAGUGGUCCCUGAAGACCGUAGCACCCAGCCAGUUGUUGAGCCCAAAAGCCCUGGGCAGACAGAGGGGACCCAGGUGGAGCCAAGCAGCCGAUCAGAGGUGGUGGAGGUCCCCAAGGACCCAGACUCCCGACCGGGGGGCAGGGCCAAGGCCAGGGGCCGCAGGAGAAGCCGCAGUAGCAGCAGCAGCAGCAGCAGCAGCAGCUCGUCCUCCAGCGGCUCUUCUGGCUCCAGCGGCUCCUCCGGCUCCAGCAGCUCGUCCAGUGGCAGCUCCAGCAGCUUCAGCAGCAGUAGCAGCCGGAGCCGCAGCCGCGACGGAGACAGCAAGCGCAAGAGGCGCCCCUCGGAGCGAGAGCGCGACCGGAAACGGGCCGGAGGCGACCGGGGCCGCCGCUCACCCAAGGGCAGCGGCCGCGACGCCAAGAGGCCCAAAGACAAGGGAUCCGACAGGAAGCCUGAGCAGAAGCGCUGCGUCUCGGAGGGCAGCCGCUCGGGGCGACGGGCCUCACGUGGCGAGAGGGAUCACAAGUCGGACCGAAAGGACAAGCGCAGGUAAAUCAGCCCCCCCAAGCCCAAAUUGGGGGGAAUUUCACCUCUGUCAUCCUGGAAGGAGAAGCCAAUGCCGUUUUACAGAGCAAUUCGGCCUUAAGCUGCGUUUGGCGGCUUGAUCUGUGGGACUUUGACGUUUCUUGGUGUCUUUUUUUUUUUUUUAUUAUUAUUUUUCCCUUCUCAGUAACCUUCCCUUGGUAACCUGUUUUAGUACCAGCUCUGAUCUCCAGAUCAACUCCAGAAAACGCUUCUCGAACUUUUUACUUUGUGUUACUGGAUGGGAGGAGGAAAAAAAAAUACAGCAAUGUGCCUCUCUGCGUUUUAAACUUGGUCAUUGUGAUUGUGUUUAAUGAAGAAGAGCUUGAUCGUUAUUGUUUCCCCAAAACUUUUAUAUUCAGAUGCUUUUAAGGUGAUGUGAGUACUGUUCCGGUUGUGAUUUUUUUUUUUUUUUUUUUUUUUUUAAUUGAUUUGAUUGAGCAGGGUAUGUGGGUUUUUAUAUAUAAAAAUAUGAAUACAUUCUCCAAACCGCAAGGCCACUUCAGUGCAUCCAGUUAUACAGCAAGUGUAGUUAAGUGCAAGGCCUCUUUCAAAGGUGCCCUGUAAUGUAAUACUCGCACUUCAAAUAUAGCAGCGGUAUCCAUUUUUCUGAGCCAUACUCACUGUGGUCUCACAUGUAACUUUUGUUCAGCCUCAAGUGAACCAUUUUACCCAUCCAGUCUCGGAAUGUACGGAGUAGAAGACUGAAACUAUGUAGUAAAAUUGGAUAGGUAAUUUUUUUUUUUUUGUACCACUGAAAUCAAAGCACCUAAUAAAAGCAGCUGUUUUAAACAAAA